AUGCUUGCCAUUGAAGAGAUCCGUGCCUUGAGCAAAGUGAAUCCUGAGUUUGAGCCUAUCUUCAACUCAGGGUCGCCCCUGUUAACCCCCUGGGGCACAAUCACCGAUAUCCCUCAAAUCCGUGCUAUGCUGCAAGCCGCAAAAGAUGCAGCUCCGAAAGCUGACCCGGCCACUCUUCCGUACACCCUAGAGGACAUCAGCAUCCCAGUGCGGGACAACCGCAACGUUGGCGGCCGCGUCUACAAGCCCAGGGAUGACUCAUCUGAUGGACGCCCAGGGCUUGUCGUCUUCCACGGAGGAGGAUUCACAGUUGGGGACUUGGAUACGGAGGCUUGGCUCUGUGCGUUGUUUGCAAAGCUUGGAGGGGUUGUCGUGGAUGUCGAUUAUCGACUUGCCCCUGAACAUGUGUUUCCGGCGGCAAUUGACGACGCCUUUGAUGCUCUCAAAUGGACUGCCAAAAACGUCAAAUCCUUGGGUAUUGAUCCGGAGAAGGGAUUUCUGGUUGGAGGCGAAAGCUCAGGGGGUGAGAUGGCCGUAAUCGCAGCCCACCUAUAUGUGAACAAGCUGUCUCCUCCUUUGACCGGCAUCUAUGCGGCGAUGCCAGGCGGCGUAAACCACCAAACGGUGCCUGAAAAGUACAAGGAUCGAUUCAUCAGCCUUGAGCAGAAUGCCGAUGCGCCAAUCCUAUCCGCUUCAUCAGUGGACUUUAUCUGGAAGACAUAUCAGUCUGAUCCACUUAGCCCAAAGGCAUUCCCAUUGGCGUUCCCCACUCACAAGGGCAUUCCCAAGACGUAUUUCCAAAUUUGCGGAUUCGAUGCUGUCCGUGACAGCGGUUUGAUUAUGGAGCAAGUGUUCCGGGAUGAUGGGGUGCCUACCAAAAGGGACAUCUACCCUGGAAUGCCGCAUGCGUUUUGGGCCAUGUUCCCGGAUUUGAAGAUUACCGAGAAGCAUACUCAGGAUUCGGAAGAGGGAUUCAAGUGGCUGUUGGGGAAAUAAAGAGGAAGGCUUGUAACUUGUAAGUGAGCAUGUGCACGGGCUGUGGGAGUGAAAUGAUGAAUAAUGAUUUUUUUUACGGAGCACUUCCAUUCGAUUAUUUGUGCUGCAUC